CCGAUGUGUAAAGUGUUGAUAGAAGGUACAGCGGGAUUCCAGCUCAAAUUAAGAUUUGGGACAUGCCACCGCAUUUAUCUCGUCAAAUAUAAACAUGAAUAAUCAGAAAAACACUAAGUCGAGGCGAAAUGCCUAGCAGUUAUUGUCACUUUUGUGAUUCUGUGGGCACACAUGCAGCUGUAUGCAUCUGUUAAGCAUUCGAUUGACGAAAAUGUAUUUGCAUCUGGGGCCAAGACACAUCGUUUAUUGGGCGGCGCUGCUUUCAGAGUCUUCCUCUCGACCAGCUUGUUGUCAGUUACCAUAGAGACGCGGUUGGCACGUGCAGCGCGCUGUGCGACCGAAGGGAGGAGCCUGGCAAAGUUUGGUAAAGUUGGGGAGAACCACGGCAGUUUGAAGGCUGCAUUACAACUAGCUUUAUGGAGACAAAAUCCUUUGACACGGCAGCAGGUUUAAGUGGCAUAAUAAAGAAGAAGUUAGGAGCCACCCCUCACAGCAUCAAACAAUGGCACCUGGAAAGUAUCGGGGUGCACCCUGGUGCUACUGACCUGGCUCUCAAUGAUGCCUAUUUGGACAAUCAUGCAAAUGUUACCAUGGAAACAAAAUUCAGCACCUGGACUCCUAGAGUCAAUAAGGUGUCCAAUCAGCAGCUUUUUCAGGAGAGAACCACUCUCAUCUGUCAUUGGUUUGAUCUGUGGACUGACCGUCAGCGUAAGCAAUUUAUCCAUGCAAUACUACAGAGGUGCAGUAGAUCACAGCUCCGGUUUACCAGGGACUGGUUUACGGAGACUGUUCCAAUUACUAAGUUGGACUUCACCACAGUUAUACCUCGUUUCUUGUCACUGUACAUCUUUUCAUUUCUAAACCCCAAGGAGCUGUGCAAAGCUGCUAAGGUUAGCUGGCACUGGAAAUUUCUAGCAGAACAGGAUUGCCUCUGGAGUCCCAAGUGUGUGAAACGUGGCUGGUUUCUGCCUUACUCUCCUGCAGACAAUGAAUAUGGUGCUUGGAAGAAGCAUUAUAUCAACUGUGCUGCUGACAUUGAUUACCUGAUUCCAAGGGAAGCAGCUGAUACAUAUGGGACUCUGAAUGAGCCAACAGCAGAUGCUGAAGAGGUUGAUGAAAAGAUGAGAGAGAAAUUGAUCCGGAUGACAAUUCGCCAAAAGAUCUCCGACCAUAAAAAAGCCUUACGGAAAUCACGACCAGCUUGGUUGAGCAACAACUUGAGCAGUGGAGCACUGAAGGCAAGCCUUCACAAAAACAAACUUCAAGCAAGCCUGAACCGGCCAGAGCUGACAGCAGCACUCCUGCUUAUCAGGGAAAAUGUCCUAUUACAUGAAACUCUGUCUAAGCAGAUGAUGGACGAAAGCAUAACGAACCCUUCAUACAGUCCCAAUUUGGAAAAGCAGCAGGUGACAAUGGCACUGAAAACUUUACCUAAAAGGAAGAAUGUUAGCUCUGGCAGCCCCUACCCUGUACUUCCACAGCGACACUAUGGCAGUGCGCAACAGAUAUUUGGCUCCCCUCAGUUGGCACAGCGUCUCAUCUUGAUCUCAUCUAACAUGCCAGCUUAUGAGGUGCUCUUAGACAGUGUGAAGGUCGGCAUCAUCCCCAUCUUGUAUGAACAUGACGGAGUGACACUUGAAAGCCUGCUGUAUCGUGUUGAAAAAAUGCUACAAGGACUGAAAGCUCAAAGCAUUGGGGUCUUUGCUGAAGGUGAUGCUGGAGAAAUUGAUCUUAUACAAGGCUGGAAGAUAAAUGAGAAAAACAUCUUGAAUCCUCAAGUGAGAGAGUUCUGGGAAAAACUUGCAGGCUUUGCAGUGACAAAGGCAGAAGGUGGAUCUUUAGACAUCUUUAAUCCUCUGGCAGCUUCAGAGGCAGGAGUGGACGUAAUUAAUAAAAUUUCCACUCUGACAGGCUUAGAAGUGAGUACACCAACUGGGAUAUCAGCUGGCUCACAUAGACAUGUCUGCAGUGAGUGGCUUGGGAAACGGAAAGCGACUCUUCCCUGUGUCACGUACUUCAAUGAAAGCAAGCUGUUGUCCUGGUGCCGGCUAGCGGACGUGCUGCAGGAGGCCCUGAAGACAGUCAGGAAACAACUCCGACCUUAUCUGAGAGAAACGCAGAGGGAAGUGUGUGGAAGGAUCAUCGGCCACUUUAUGUACGAGUCAAUGAGCCUGGCAAAAAUUCAAGAAAACCGUGAGCUGGCUUUGGCAUUAUCUGAAGGUCUUGUAGCAGUGUCACGGGAAAGAUGCGAGAGCCCUCUGGAAUUCCUGGCUGCUUUCCUCACACAGAGGUGCAAGGGUGCAGAUGGAAGAAUCCCAAAUCUAACAUUUCUUACUGAAAGUCAGUCUUCGGUGCCCCUAAACGAUUUUAUCAAGGAUGAUGACCAAACAAAGAAUUCACCUCCUGAAAGAACUGAGGAUCUGGCCUAUUUGGAUACAAAACUGCAGAGAGAUUCAGCCGACAAGCGCACUCCAUUUGCAAGGGAGCUGGUCCAGAGCGAAAAGAAUUACGUGCAGAUGCUGGAAAUCGUAAGAGAUGUGUAUGCUGCUCCAUUACAAGCCGCACUUUCAUCAAAUCGGGCCAUUCUGAGUGCAGCCAACGUUCAGAUCAUCUUCACCGAUGCUUUAGCUGUGCUAGAGAUGAACAGGACAUUUCUUCAGGAGCUUAAAGAACGGUUAAAUGAAUGGACCCCCUCCCAGUGCAUUGGUGACCUGUUUCUCAAGUUUGGCACUGGCUUGAAAACUUACACAAACUUCUUCAACAACUACCCUGUGGUCCUCAAAACAAUUGACAAGUGCAGAGAGUCCGUCCCAGCAUUCUGGGCCUUCUUGAAGAGACAUGAUAAAACUGUUGGGACUAAAAUGAUGAGAUUGCAGGAGCUCCUGCUGUGCCCCUCCAGACGCUUUGAAGAAUAUGUGUCUCUCCUGUACGCCCUUCGUCUUCACACGGCUGCAGACCACCCGGACCGGGGAGACCUGAGUGCAGCGAUUGAGAAAAUGAAGCAGUACCGGAACUUCGUUCAGCAGCUCAAACAGAAUGUGGACAGAGACUCGAAGCUGAGUGACGUCCAGCAGGCCAUCCAGGGCUGCCCAAACCUCCAGGAAGCAAACCGAUACCUGAUACAAACACAGGAUGUUUCACAACUAAUUUGCCCAAAUAUGGACAUCAGCCCAUCUCUCAGGAUCUACGAGCACAUCCGAGACCUCCGGCUGUUCCUUUUCAAUGAUGCACUCGUGAUGACCAUGCAGAGUGUUUCUCACCUGCCUUUCCAGUUUGCCUCCAAGACAACGUGCCACUUCCUGGCAUCAGUGGUGCUCCAUCGACUUCUCAUUGAGGACAUCCCCGACACAAAAUAUAUAAAGAAUGCCUUUACUCUUCAAGGCCCAAAGCGCCAGUGGAUAUGCAUUACCGAAGAUGAAGACGACAAGUUUACCUUGUUGUCAGGCUUGCAAAGUGCAGUCAAUGCAGCAGUGGAGCAAAAAUAAUCAGACUGUUGGCAAACCAACUGGCUACCAAUGAUCAAUCGUAGAAGCAAAUUGUGGUAUUUUCUUUAAUUGUAUUCAUUUCAAUACGUCACAUUUCACCUUUGAACAAAUAGAUUUUGCAAUUGUUAAAUAAAGGAACUAAAUGUC